UUUUAGUCGCGCUUAUAAUAGCGCUGUGUGUAGACGUGGAUGUUUUCGGGGUGACAACGGAAUUAUCGAAAAUUUACGUGGUUGUGCGGAAAAAUGAUGCAAAAUCCAUCGUCCGGAAAGGGAAAGACCGCUAGACAACUGCGCGAACGUAAACAGAAAAAACUUUACUCGGAUGACUGGGCCCUGGGGGACGACGAUGAGAUCGACGGCACGCGAAGUUUCAACCUCCAGGACAAGCUGGAGGAUCCGUCUUUCGAGUCUCACGGUCAGCUUAUGGUGAGGGAGAUGAGGGGCGAGGAGCUCACGAUGGCGUAUUUGCAAAAAUACGGUUUUAAUACGCCGUUACUGUUUAAAGAGAAAACUGGACUGGGUCUAAUGGUGCCCUCAUCAAAAUUCUCCAUAAACGAUGUGAGAGUGAGCGUCGGCUCUCGAAGACUCUUAGAUGUGAUGGACGUGAACACGCAGAAGAACAGCGAAAUGACAAUGAAAGAGUGGCAAAAGUACUACGAGGAUCCCAACAAAACGCGGCUUUUGAACGUCAUUUCUCUGGAAUUUUCCCAUACGAAAUUGGAGAAUUAUGUACAGAGCCCCACAGUUGUCAGACAAGUAGACUGGGUUGACUGUGUCUGGCCAAGACACCUAAAAGAAAGCCAAGUAGAAGGAACCAACGUCUUAGAAGAGAUGAAGUACCCGAAAGUGCAAAAAUAUUGUUUAAUGUCUGUAAAAGGCUGCUAUACAGACUUCCAUAUUGAUUUUGGUGGUACUUCAGUGUGGUACCACAUAUUAAAAGGUUGCAAGGUUUUUUGGCUCAUUCCACCUACAGAACAUAAUAUGAAUUUAUAUGAGCGAUGGGUUUUAUCCGGCAAACAGUCUGAUGUGUUCUUCGGGGAUACUGUUGAGAAAUGUGCUAGGAUAAUUUUGCAUGCAGGAAACACGUUUUUUAUCCCAACAGGCUGGAUACAUGCAGUGUACACUCCGGUUGACUCGUUGGUUUUCGGAGGAAACUUUUUACAUUCGUUCGGUAUUGAAAAACAACUAAAAUGUGCCCAAGUCGAGGAUACCACGAAGGUUCCUCAAAAGUUUCGUUAUCCAUUCUUCACUGAAAUGCUUUGGUACGUACUGGAACGGUACGUGCAUUGUCUCCUGGGGAAUUCGCAUUUGACCACUGGUCAAGACGCUCCCAUUCCUUCUGACCGGCCUCACAUUCAUUUGACUCAGGCCGAACUGCAUGGCUUAAAAGAAAUCGUAAGAUAUCUUCAUAUGUUGCCGCCGAACAAAAAGAACUUGCCAGACCUGAUACGGGAUCCGAUAGCGCUGAUUCAGGAUGUACGAACUCUAAUUGGUUUGCACAGGCACGAUUUGAUCGAAUUGGCAAUUACUAACAGGCCUGUUCUGAGCUUGCCACCGGAUGACACUAAAAAGAACGUGUUCAAAAAUAACCCGAAUAAACUGGGUCCAGGGAAACCUCCACAAGCGUUUAAGGGGCCGAAGACGUCCCCCGGGGCAGCAGCAGGUGAUAAAGGAGGGCCUCGGAGAAGACGAACAAGAUGUAAAAAGUGUUCGGCCUGUAUGCGACCAGACUGUGGCGAAUGCACUUUCUGCUUGGACAUGGUGAAAUUCGGCGGACCGGGCAGGGCGAAACAAACCUGCAAUAUGAGACAGUGUCUGCAACCUAUGUUGCCUGUAACAGCGGCUUGUGCAAAGUGCGGACUAGACGGUUGGAUGCAAACCCCGGUGGCGCCUUUACAAAAGGGACCCCAAAGGUGUGAUACGCCCAGCAUCUUAAUGGAAUGCUCUGUUUGUUAUGAGAUCGCACAUCCGCUUUGCAUGCAAAGGCUGUGUCAGGAAUUUAGUGGUUAUAUUAACGAGGAUAUGCCGAACUCUUGGGAGUGUCCCAUGUGUUGUAAACUAGGAAAAAAUACUGAUUAUAGACCGAGGCAUUUUAGAGCGAGGCAAAAAUCUUCGGAUAUCAGGAGAACUAGUAUAAGUUCGGACGCCUCCAGUGCAUUCGAACACAAAAUGCAACCGGAACACUCGGAUUCUGGCAGUGAGAACGAUCAAAAAGACUCCAAAUUACAGGAAUUGUUACCAAUUAAAAAGCGUCGGUCGAGUGAAAACUCCGAAAUAGAAACGAAGUUGGUACCACCGCCGACAUUGAAUGACAGCCAUAGAAAAACCGCAUUUAGGACGCAACUCGCGCAACAGAUUACUAGUAACAGUACAAAGGCGAUGAAAAAACCACUAGUAGUUGUAAGGCCGGCGCCUCUUAUGAUCCUAAACCCCAUAGUACCUACGAAUAAUUUAGUAUUAGAUAAGAGAGUUAUUUUGUGCAUAUUCAAGUACUUAACGCCUAAGGAGUUACUUAAUUGUGCUUUAGUAUGUAAAACCUGGGCUACAUACUCGAUCGACCCGUCCCUCUGGAAACGAAUGGAGUUCGACCACAAAAAGAUCUCGAGCGACAUGUUGAAAGGCACCGUGCGCAGACAACCGGAGAUUCUUAGUCUGAAUUGGUGCCGGAUCAACCAUUUCCAACUUCCCUGGCUCAUUCAAAGGCUAAACAAUCUGAAGCAGCUCUACUUGCAAAGUAUAGACGUGAAAAGUGCCAUUUCGCUUCGCACGAACCACUCGGCGGUGUUGCAGGUGUUGGAUCUCAGUUUCAUUUCGGAUUUUAACGAUUCCGCUUUGAGGGAGAUUUUGGGCACGAACAACGACGCACGUUCCGGCCUCGCAGGAGACAAAAUCCGCUUCCGCAAUUUGAAAACGUUAAAACUGGCCGGCACCGAUAUCACCGACAUAGCGAUGCGCUACGUCACCCAGUACCUGCCCAACGUCCAGCAUCUCAGUCUCAGCAUGUGUCCCCGGAUAUCGGACGCGGGCAUCGCGCAGCUGACCACCAAACCGGCCAACACCGUGACCAACUUGAUCAGUUUGGAUUUAAGUCACGGCAAGUUGGUCACGGAGGUGACCCUGGAUCAUUUGGCCAAGUGUGAGAAACUUACAAGGCUUGACUGUAGACAAGCGUUGAAUAUUUCCACGCAGGCGUUGAUUAGGUUUGCCGCUAAGAGCCAACACGAUUUGCAAGUGAGAGAGAUUAAGUUGGUGGAUAUUAGGCAGAAGCCUUUGACGCAGUAAGUGGGACGGAUUUUUGAUCAUUGGAUGGGCCAAUUUGUUGGAUUACGUUAAUCAAUAAAUGGAGUAUUUUGGUUUUUGGGCCAGUGGAGGACAUAUCGCGAGUUGAGCUUGAUUAGGAUCUAAUCAAGGUUCUCAAAUUUUAGUUUUGGGUUUUUUUACUGAAAAUUCACUUUUUAUGUCUUUAUUUUUUUAUUUAAGGUAAUUAAGUUUUGUUUUAAAGAAAUUGGCUGAAAUAGCUCUACAGGGUCCUUAAUAAUAGGGCGCGGUAAUUAAUCUUUUUACAACAAAAUAUAGUACUGUAUAUUAUGAUAAUAUAAUAAUUUGAAUCUUUAAGCAAGCAAAUGAGGAAUUUAGUAUAAACUUCUACAAAAAUUUUAUGUAAAACGUUGCUAUUUCUAGUACGGAGAUGGUACAGCAUAAGGUGGUCUAAUGAAAAUUUAAUAGUGACAGUUCAAAUCAAUCACGAACUUAUAAAUAUACCUGGACUGCUAAUGCAAAUGGCCACCAUGACCAAAAAUAACGGCUGUCUGAUAGCCGCCAUUUUUAUAAUUGGUCACUCUGAACAUUUUCAGUGUUGCCAAUAAAAGAUAUAUUAAACAAAGGUAAUAAAGUUGACGACGCUGACGUUUGACAUGUGAUCUAUCAUGAACUUAUAAAAAAGUCGUGAUUCCGUACAAUGUCGUGAACUUUCUUCAUUCAUUAAAAAUAAAAUCAUAAUAUGAUUUUAUUUACAAAUAAAUAAAAAAUAAACAAAAGAUAAAAACAGUAGUUAAAAAAUUAGCGAAGGUACCUUAAUUUUAAAAUGCCUUAAAUUUAUAUCCUUAAUAUAUGACUUUGCAGGAGGAUAUUGUCCAUAUACUGGAAAGCUUUCCUCUUAACCCUUUCACUGCUAAGUUAGCUUUCUACGCCGUGCCGGCCGUGCGGCACUUUCUAGCCCGAAACGCAUAUCUACGUCCGGAGCAGCGUAUAGCUAAUUUAAAUUAGUAUUUUUUUUUAUUUAUUUAUAUAUUAUAUUUAUUUUACCAGCUUCAAGAAUAGAACUCGCCAAAAGAAGUUGAGUUACUCUCACUGAAAUACUCAACUUUGAAAACACCCUGGUAUAAGUUAAAAAUUUGUAAAACAUCUUUUUAAUUUUUUUUUGCUAGGGAAUAAAAAAAACAUAUUCCAUGCAAAAAAUUUAUAAUAACAAAAACUCAAAUUUAUAAACAAAAUAAACAACUAAACAAAAAAUAUACAUUCUGGGAGGUUAGAAAAACCAUCAAAUAAAACAAAAUAAAAAAACUAUAAAUUCCUAUGAUAUUUUACAAAAGUCAGUAAUAUUUGCAGGAAUGGUAUCUUUCGAAACAAAUCAAAAGGCAAAGCGGCACAUCGCAUAGUGCACACAUGUAACGCGUAUCGCUUCUUUUUCCAUGUUUUGAACACACAAUGCAUUUUCUUUGUGCAAAUUUUUUGGCAGCGGUUGCGGGAAUCAUGGAAACAAAAUGACGCUCAGUUAGUCGUAAAGGGUUAUCUCCAUCUGCUGACCUUCUUCCACUUCUGCUGUGCUGCUGUGGAAGAUGAUGUGCUUCUAAAAUCUGCUUUAUGAGCUGCCCUUGAAAAUCUAGCAGAGAAAUGUUUUUACCGGUUACCAUUUUGUAAACAGCAUGUGAGUUCAAUAAACUUAAGUCCAGUAAAUGAAAAAAAAGUUUUUUGUACCACUUUACGGUUUUACGUACGCAUUCUACCGAACUUAGUAACAUAUCGCUGCGAUCUACCGCUCCCAUAUUUUCAUUGUAGUUUAGUACACAUACUGGUUUCCUUAUUUCUUCUUUUGUGGUUCUGUUUACUUUUCCAGAAUCCUUCAUGUCACUGUUGUGAAAAGUCGAAAGCAUUCGAACUUCUCGUUUGUCCUUCCACUUUAGAGCUAAAAGCCGAUCCGUCGACAUAUAUUCAAUUUCUCCUGACUUUAGGUUUUUAGACAGAUUCGGUAAAUUUCUCCUAUUUUUCCUGACGGUUCCACAUGCGUUUGUCUUAUUUUUAUGUAAUUAGGUAAACAAUGCGGGACUUGUAUACCAGUUAUCUACGUACAACGAAUGACCUUUGCUCAAAUAUCGCUCAAGAAAAGUUAGAACAAUAUUACCAGAUAUUCCAAUAUCCUUGUCAAGAUAUUCAUUUUUUUUUAUUUCUGUUGCAGCUCCGACAUAAAUAAUAAAGUCUAAAACGUACCCCGUUUCACAGUCACAUAGAAGAAAAAUUUUUAUUCCAAACCGAUGUCGUUUGGAAGGUAUGUAUUGCUUGAAAAAUACCCGUCCCUUGAACAGCAGCAAGCUUUCGUCUAUGCAUACGUUUUGAAACGGAUAUAAGGUUUUAGUAAAUACAUCCCUCAAAUGGUCAAUGAUGUAUCUUAGUUUCCAUAAAACGUCAUUCUCCGGUUUUUUUUUAUUAUCUGUAAAAUGUUACAUUCGAAGAAGCAAAAGGAAUCUAUCCCUGGGCAUUAUUUGCGAAAAAAUAGGAGUGGCUAAAAGUUUGUCAUUCGUCCAAUAACUAUUUAUUGAAUUUUUUUUCACUUGCGACAUAAGAAAAUUUGUUGCUAUAAAGCAGUAAAUUUCGCUGGAAUCGGUAUUUUUCCAACGAUUUACCCUCGAACUUUUGGAUAACUCUAUAUUUUCUGUAACGAAUAUGGAGUAAAGGUUUGUUUGAUCCGCGACGUAUUGGGUUACAUUUUCAUCAAAAAAUAUUUUGAAACAAUCCAGUGCCGUACUAGACAUGUCUAACUGGGGAAUCUGACAGCCAGACGUACUGUUAUCAAAAUUAUGUACUACAGGAGACAGAUCAGAUGAUUUCCAAAUGUAAUCUGAUUUAAAUUUUUUAGUGGGUACAACCAGAUCUUCUUCUUCCGACUCAGAAUCAGAUGAGGAUAUAAUACUCGGUAAAUUAUCUUCUUCCACGUAAUUUUGCUUACUUGAAGUACUUGGACCAGCAGUAGGUUCACUGUCGUCUAACCAGCCAUAAUCGCCUCAAUUGCUGACGACAUCAUCAUCUUCACUUUCGCUGUUAGCCAGAAUUUGAUACAACUCAUCGUCCGUAUAAAAUUUUGGUUUAAAUGGCAUUUUGAAACAGCAAAACAAUAACCUCCCUUCAAUAAUUCAAUCAGCAUACUAAACAAACAAGAUCGAGACGGUUUGCACAAAUUGAAAAGUAACCCCACCCCCUACUGAAAUAUUUCGCGUGGAUGGCUCUAGGCGGUUCCAAUGCGUCUUUAAAUAUCACCAUUUUUAAUCGUGUUUAUACGGCCAGAGCAGCUUGUCGUUAAAUAAUUUCUUUGACGCAACCGUUUAUAUACGUCAGGAGCAAUUUUAUGCAUACCGUAUAUAUACGCCUGGAGCAGUUAAAGGGUUAAGGAAUAUAGUAGGUCACGAAACUAGUUGCCAGUAAAUAGAAAUUUUGAAACAUCUAUACCUCAUCCUUGUCCGUUCUAGUUGCGUUGUUUAAAACAUUUACUUGUAGAGGUUCUCUUUCUCUUUUUCUUAAAUUGCUAAUUUUCCUUUUUAUAAUUUUAUUUCAAUAAUAAAACUUAUUUUAUAUAUGUAUUGGUGGUUUGCUCAUUUGUGUUUUGAUAUCUAAACCAUAAAGUACAUACUUUUUAGUUACAUCAUUUUAUGUCGUUCAACCACCAUCUGAUCAUUUCCACUGACAUUGUUUUUAAACCAUAUUCUACAUUAAAAUAUAUGUGCCAAAGAUUAAAAUUGUUGAAAUUGGUAUAAUAAAAAUCAAAUGAUAGGGUUUUAAUAACGUUUGGUUUUAAUUUAAAAAAUUUAAAUGAAGCUCAUAUUUUAACCCUUUCGUCCCUGAAUUAAAAUAUUUUAGUUUAAGUAAUAAAUAGUGUAAAGUAUUAUUGUUAGGAUGCCUAACAAUGAGUUUUUAUUAAUAUAAAUUUUUGUCAAUAGUCAGGGAAUGGUGGAGAGGGUGGUUCAUAUACAGUAGUGGCCAUAAUUAUAGCAACAAGUACAUUUUUCCUUCAAAUUAUAUGAUGUGGUAGAUUAGAAAAAAAACUGGUAUAUAUUAUGAUGUAUUUUUUACAAAGCUUUUUAUUUAUGUUUAUUUUUUUGUUACUUUAUAAAAGAAAUAAAAAAUGGGAAUUUUUUUUAGGAAACGGGUUGGACAAAAUUAUAGCAACACAUUUUAGAAAAAUCAAUUUAUUUAUUCUCCAAAGUCAAAAUAAGAUUACAAUACAAUAAUAUUCUUCAGUAUUUAGUAUAGUACCCUUUAGCCCUUAUAACAGCAAUGCAUCUUUUUGGCAUGGAUAAAAUAAGUUUGUUUAUAACAUCAUGAUCGAUUGACAACCAAGUAUCCUGAAGAGCUGCGAAAAGUUCUCCAGCAUUUUUGAAAUUCCUGGUUCUACACCUGUUAUCCACAAUUUCCCAAAGAUUUUCUAUUGUAUUUAAAUCCGGAGAUUGGGAGGGCCACUUCAUAACAUUAAUUUUUUCAUCAUGGAGAAACUCUUUUAUUAGCCUUGAAGAAUGUUUUGGAUCAUUGUCAUGUUGAAAUUGAUAUAACAGCGGCAUAUUUUCUUCAGAAUAGGGUAACAUAACAUUCUUUAAUAUAACCUUGUACAUAAAUCGAUCCAUAAUCCCUUCUAUUCUGUGAAGAGGUCCCAUACCAUACCCCGAAAAACAGCCCCACACUAAAACUGAACCACCACCAUGCUUAACUGUAAGAGAAGUGUACCGAGGAUUAAAUAUUUUGCCUACAGGACGUCGAACGUAUGCAGCACCAUCACUUUUAAAUAAAUUGAAUUUUGAUUCAUCGCUAAAAAUAACUCUGCGCCAGUGAUCAAUAGUCCAGCCCUGGUGUUCUCGAGCAAAUUCAAGUCGGGCCUUCACGUUCUUCUUGGAAAGAAGAGGCUUUUUUGCUGGUCUGCGUCCAAACAACUUAUUUUCAAAUAGACGCCGCCUUAUGGAUCGUUCACUAAGAUCGGAACACCCACUGCCAUCCAAAAGCCCUUUAAUUUUUGAAGAGGACAAAAAUGGGUUUUGCCUGGAAAUCCGAACAAUCAUUUUGUCACUUUUUUUUGAAGUUUUCCGGGGACGUCCCGAAUUUUUUUUUGGGUACUACCAGCCCUGUGUUAUUGUAUCUUUUCACUAUACGUGAUACAACUGAUCUGUGAAGAGCAAAAUUUUUUGCAAUGGAUGACUGUUUGAUGCCUGACAUACUGAUUAAUUAUAAGUUGCCUCACUUCAACAGACACGGUUUUACCACGACUCAUACUGUUAUUUAAAUAAGUUAAUAACUACCAAGAAAUCACAAUAUAAAUUGUUUCAAUAUUGCACUUCAACAGAUUGAAAGAGCACUAAAUUUCAAAUGUUGUUAUAAUUAUGACCAGGUGAAAUAUUUGCAAUUACAAAUAUUUAUUGUCAGCAAAAAAACAGGUAGGCUUUUUUUUAUUUGAAUGAGAAAUUUUGUUUAAAUAUUAAGAGGCCAUCUAAACCAGUGGCGUACUUUUACGAUUAUAACAUACAUAUAAUAGUUAUUAUUAAAUAUUAGUAAAAUUCAGAUUUGUUGGUAUAAUUUUGGCCACUACUGUAUGUACCAACAGGUAUUUAUGGUGAUACACAUGUGUACCAACAGGUAUGAUCGAAAAUUUCAUAAAAACAGAAAAAAAUGCUAUACCAACAUUUAUUAAAAAAAAUAAAUACAAAAACGGCUUUGCAAAUUAAAAAAUGAACCUAAUCAACUAUUUGGUAUGAUAUAACAUAAAACAGAACUUGCACAAUGGAAUAUUGCACUCUCGGCAAAGAGUUUUUGUUCUUGUUUGUUUUUUCUCUUCAGAACAUCUAGUGCAUCUUCUUCUGGUUGAUCGCUCUACAGGCAGAUGUAAUGCUGUAGAGCGAUCUAUAAUGCGCUGAAGAUCCGUAUAAUUUUCUUUUUCUUGAAGGAGCGUCUUGUUUGGGUAAUGGUAAGCUUGUAUAUCGUAUACCUUCUGCUACUAAUUCUUCUGCAAGUGUGGUAAGGAAGGAAAUAAAAGCUCAAAGGAAAAAAAUGCUCUCAUUUUUACGUCUCAGUUGAUUAUACAUUAUCCACGAAUUUACUGCACACAUAUUGAGGAAUGUGUAAAACACCUUUUUCCACCACUUUGCUGAUUUUCUAUCAUGAUCAUAUAACCCGAUAUUUUGUUGUUUUCCGGUUUUGCUUUUUUUGAUAAUUGUUGUCAAAUUGGGCUUAUGACAGUUACUCAUUAGCAAAAAUAAAACAUUGUCCUGCCACUUUACACAAAGUAAUCCAGAAGAAGUGCAUCUAAAUUGAGAUUCCCUUUUUUGGAGUUUGUCUCCCAUAGUUGGUACAUUUUUGCGAUUGGACAUGCAAUUUCCCAAGGCUGCAUAGUCUAGUGAAAGUAACAAAUUCACACUUGUAAAAAAGCGAUCAAAACACAACACAACAUCAUUUUCUUUAACUGUAGACGCAAGAGCUGUUACGACUCGCUCUCCUAAAUUUAGGGAUUGAUUUUUAGCGGGAAUUGGGUCCUCUUUUCCAGAAUAUACAUCAUACAUCAAUGUCCUGCAUCGCAGCGAAGCCAUAGUUUUAUGCCCCUCUUGGUUGGUUUCAUUGUUUCAAAGAAGAUCGACCCUUGAAUUUGGUCAUAGAUUCGUCGAUACUUUGAUACUGGCUAUCCUGGCGACAUUUUGGAAAUGUGUAUUUGAAACAAGAUAAUAAAUUUUCAAUAUAAUAUGUUUGUGAAGCAUUUGGGGGUUUUUGAGAAGAAGCAAAGUAAAUUUUUGAGCUCAAAGUCAUGCAACGAUCUCUUGAAAAAGUUUUUUGAAAUGUGCUAUUUCCCAUUGAAUUGCUCCAAUAAUUUUUUAGGCUUGGAAGGCGAUUGUAGCACAUAAUGAACAACAUGCAGCCAAAUAAUUUCUGUAUUUCUCCUUUGUCAGUCAUUUUCUCAUUCCUUUUUUUUUAAUUAGUUUAGGAUUUUCGGACGUUCAUUUUUACAAUUUGCAAUUAAAGAAAAUGAGGAAAUACUUUAUGAAAAAUUUGCAUAGGUGUCAACUGCUUGGUGAUAUCUGGAGCCAGCAUACACUCUCUUUCAGGAGGAAAGAUUUUAGCAGGCUCAAAUUUUUCGUCAAGAAUGACCCAGUCAACUAGGUUUCUAUCGCAACCUGUGGUGGUUGCGCAGAGUUUAUGUCUGAGUUUCGAUGCACAGUGGUUUGCAUUGUUUCCGAUAAAGACGACGAAGACAUAUCGGACGUGUCACUACCAGCUUCUUCAUCGGAAUCUGGUUCAUAAUUAUCACUGGAGCCAGCAGAAAAUGGUUCCGAAUCUGAGGAUUCUUCAAUAAGCUUUUCCAGCUCUUUUCGUGAAAGCGGACGGCGGCGAUCCAUAUUGAAACGUAAUUACAGACAUGUUGAUAUACAUGUGUACCAUCAUAAAUACCUGCUGGUACAUAUACCACAAGAACAUACCCAAAAAUACAACAAUAAAAUAUAGUUUUGACCUACCUUUGUAACAGCAGUGCACUUGCAAUUGAAUGAUAAAUAAAACUUAAUAAAAAAACUGCAUAAAUAAGCACUUUGAGUGUCCUAAAUAACUAAUUUUAUUGCAGCAAUACUGCCGCUACUAAAUACACGUGCUAACUAAUCAACAUAACCACACAUUUACCACAAUGCAUAUUGUAGGUACACUGCGGAAGCCUGAUACACCGGACCGGUACACAUUUAUACCAAAUAGAACGCUUUAUUUUACAAACAGGAAUUUUAAAAUUUGCCUGGUACAUAUGUGUACCACCGUUCGGGACGAAAGGGUUAAAGUGUAUAGAUCUAUCCCUGUAAGUUAGGUAAAAGUUCACAAAUUUUAACGAGAUUCUUAAAUAAAUACAAGAAAAAUAUCAGAACUAAUGCAAUCAGUUCUUAAUUAAAUGUUAGUUUCUUUUUGGUUUUUGUAAACAUAACCUCCCAAAAACUUUAAUUGGGUUGUUUCCCUACAAUUGGCACCACUUGGUUCAGUGUGACCAACAUUGAAACGACACAAUCACGCAAAAUAGCGGCCACCUAGUAGUGGUCAUUGACUUUUCAUUGGAUUGGCAAUCCAGGUAUAUUUAUUAAGUUCGUGAAAUCAAUUAAUUGAAAAUGUAUUGUAAAAUUCAAUAAUUCACGGGUGAAAACAAAAAAAAUUGUUCCUAUAUGUUAAUCUCGUUUUUUAGCCAAGAAUUGUGAAAAAACAAGGAGUACUUCGUCGUUAAAUUUAAAAUUUCCUUUUACAAAUUAUUUAGGCUCAAUCGAUCCAUGAUACUUCGUACAACAAUCUUUUGCAACACAGGUUGUACCACGACGAACUGCGGCUAUCGAUUUCUAGAAAAGUAAGCUUUGGUAAUUUCGAAAAUGUAGCAACAUUGAUUAAAAAUUUAAUUUAUCUUUUAAAAUUACCUCCUAUAUAAAACCGUGAACGUAUUUACUAUUUUAAAUGGAACACACUGUCUAUGGAAUUCUUUUCACAUUCUACACCAAAUUCUAAACGUAUUUUAUGUAAAUUAUUGACUAUGCCUUAAGUCUAACGGUUUUUCAGUUAAUUUAAAAUGUUACCUAAUUUUUUAAAUUAAGAACUCAAAAAUUAUUAUACUAAGGCAAGACAUUAUAUAUAAAAUGUGUCUCUGUGUGUUUCGUUUAAAAUAACAAAGACGUUUUGUAUAGAAUUGGCACACUACACAUUUAUUACAUGAUUUUCUUUCUUUCAAAUUUUUUAAAGCAAUUACAAUAUCUUUCGAUAUUUUUAAAUUAAGUCUUAAUGAAAUAAAAACUCAAUUUUAUUAUAAAUCUGAAGCCUCAUUUCAUAAAUUUGGUACUUAAGACCUAAAGUUUCAAAUCCAAACUUAGGCAAGGUGUUGAAACUGAAAACCAAUAAUACCCAAAUACACUAUUUGGGCAGCUUUUAUUAUUUUUAACGAAAGCAUCACUGUUAUUUUUUCAUUUUUUCACCUUCUGUGCAACUAUCACUAAUUUCGAUAUGUAAAGUUGAAAUUUAUCAGUUUUUUGGAGUAAGAGUAUCUGAAGUUAAAGGUUAUAAAUCUUGAAUAGAAAUACCGAUUUCAAACUCAACUCGAACGAUUAACCCUGGGAUUGAGCGGGAAAUGCAUAAAGAAAUGUUAGCAAAAAAUUAAAAAUGUAUACAGGAGUAGCUAGUAAAAGACUGUACAAUUAUUAGCGUAAGGAUAGUUUAAGCCUAUAAAUGUAAUUAAAUUCAAAAAGCCUCAGUAAUGUUGAUUUGACCACAAAUCGUAGAAAUUUUGAAAUAUCAAUUAUUAUACGUAGUACAGCCAUGCCAAAAGCAUAUCGAACAGAGAAUAAGAUUAGUAGAACAAUAUUUUUCCAUAAGAUUUCUUUUCUUGGUGCUCAACUACAGCCCCUACUGGUAAAUUAAUUUCUACGACUAUUCACCCCAGACGAGUUUAAUCGAUCAUAUCCACAAAUAAAUAAAAACAAUUCUCCUACUCCUUACGACUAAGAUCGUAAAUCCGAUAGUCAAACUGGAGAAAGUAGAAUUGCUGUUCAGUACUUUAUCCAAUUUCUUAUUACUUUAGGGUUUGAGUGAUCUAUCACUCCUUAUGAAAUGCGAUAGAAUCAAUAUUGAAAUGAAUUAAGGUUUUUAUUUAUGAAGUUUUUCUCCCUAGAAGUAUAAAUUCAUUAAAAAUGAUCCUAAAAUACAAAUUCUCUAUCUCAAAAGGUUUUUUCAAGUAUUUUCCUAUUUAGUUGAGAGAGCUUUGAUAAAUGAAGUGAGCCUUUAGUUAAGAAUAUACAGGAUUGGACAUAAUGGUUGGAGCUUUUGAAUUUUCAAGAUAUUUAAUUAUGUGACAUAUCUUUUACUUAUCAAGUAAAAAAUAUGUACACUCAACUUGCUUUAACGUUUAUUAGAUUUUUUACACGAACAAAUAAGGAAUAAAUUGGACAAAAUGGUUGGACCUAAAACUCUUAAAAUUUUGCCGCUGGGUUCGCAUAGUAAAUAACUUCUAGAGAUUUUCUAUUGGAUUUAUAUCUGGACUUCGCGGCGGCCACUUCAAAUCACUCAUUUACAAGCCUCGACACGUGCUUUGGGUCGUUAUCACGCUGAAAAAUUGAAUUUAUUGGCAUGGUUGCAAAUAUGUAUGGUUCUAAUACAUUUCUAAGAAGGUCUCUGUACAUAAAACCAUCCAUUUUUCCGUGUAUAUGAUAUAAUGUGCCUACACCAUCAUAGAUCCUCCACCAGGUUUUAUUUAAAGUUGGGUAAUCGGUAACCCUUAGGUACAUGCUUGAUUCAAUCACUGCCAACACAAAUUAAAUUUUUACUCGUCGUCAAGUACAAUUUUUUUCCAAUCCCUGCUUUGGAAUGUAUGUCAACUCGUACAUUGCAAAUUUAAGGCGAGUUUCUUACUUACAAAAAAAACUAGUAAUGGUUUUUUUAAAGGUCGAUGGCCACGAACACUGUAGGGUUAAAAGAAAUUAAAGUUCACUUUGUCAAAAAUCAAUAAUAUUUAAAACGUCGAAUUUGUUACGUUGGCUAGGAUCUGGUAGAAACAGUCGGAUAUAAUUGUGUUUUUUGAAACAUAAAAGUUUAGAAAAUAAAUAAUUUGAAAUAAUAAAAUAGAGGAAAGUUGCCUAUUAUCGGAUACUUUUUUCUUUUAAUUAACAAAAAAUACCUACAUACCACAUAAAUUAAUUGCAUGUUAAAAACGGUUAGGGUGAUAUAUGUUCUUUCAUUAUGUGACACGAAAUAGCUCUAACUGGCUCUAACUUUCACAAAAGUUAAAAAAAACAUAACAGUGCAUAAAUUAUUAUUUUGAAAUUAAGUUCCUUAUAUCGGAUAGUAGGUGUUCCUAAUAUCGCAUAUAUCCGACAUUCAGAACUUAAACGUUUAAAAUAAAAAGCAUAGGUAUUUUUUUAGAUUUUUAUUAAUAUUAAAUUGCAAAUACGUUCAAAAACUUUAUGAAAAACCUUAAAGUUAAUCUAAGCACAUCUCACAAAUAAACCAUAGAUUUUUGUCAGUUCCUGCACAUUUUUCAUGGCACCAACGAAAGCAUUGAUUGCAUCUGAUCCACUUUUCUUCUGCUCUGUCCUCAGUAUCAGUGUCAUCAUCACUGGAUGAGGUGAGAGGUUUUUUAGCUUUUCCCUUCCCUUUACCAUUUUUUUUUGGUUUAGCUUUUGUGCUUCUGUUUUGACCCUUAAGUGCAGUGUUAAUCGGAACUGUUUUUAAUUUUCUUUUGUUUAAACCUUCUUCCAGUUCUGAUUUGUAAGGCGAUCCAGUUAUUAACGCAGUAGUGCCACGUCUUCCUCGCUUAUUAGUAGAUCCGGACGUGUACGAGCAACUAGGCAUAGGGCUGAUAUGUGUCGGUUUUACCAACUUUCUGUUUGUCGAAGGAGUGGUCAAGCUAUUUAUUAAGGGUUUUGUGGGGAUAGCAUCAGGUGUUUUAAUCCUGUCUUCAUAGAAAAAAGAGGUAUUUCAUCUUCGCUUUCUAUUUCCUCCGAUUCUGGCCUGUUCUCAUCAAGUUGUUGGGGUGGUGGCGGGGUUCUUUCACGUUGGGAAUUAAUAGCAAAAUCAUCGUCUCAGAAUACAUGCCUGUUGAGCGGAAAAAUUUCACAUUUUCUAAAACCAUUUACGGCCACUUCAACGCUUGCAGCACGUAGGUAUGCUCUCCCUAGCAGCUCAGCGACCUGAUAGUGAGUUACCACCCUUCCUGGGUUAUUUUUGAGCCAUGACUCAAUCUCCAAUGCAUAAUAUGUUUUAAAUGGAGACAUAAAAGCUACGUCUAGGGGUUGUCUCUUGUUGUGUAUCUUAUGUGUCGAAUGAGGAGGUAGACAUAAAAUAUGCACAUAGUUUUCCCUUGCUAAAUCAAUUAAAGGGAUGUUGCGCGUAUGAGAGUAGUGCUCGUCUAAUAUUAAAACCACUGGAUCGCCCUUUGCUGGUUUAACAUGCUUUAUAAAAUGUGUUAACCAAGCUGUAAACAGAUCAUGCUGAAUCCAACCGGAAGAAUAACAUCUGGCGAUCGUUCCUGGCGGUGCUCCAUUUAGAAGUUCAGCCUUCAUAUUUUUUUUAGGAAAUACUAGCAUAGGUGGCACAUAUAUUCCGGUAGCGCUCAUACAAGUCACUACAGUAACAAGAGCUCCCCUUUCGGAUGUCGUCAAGGCCCCAACUUACCUUUUACGUCGUAAGCUCAGAACCCUUGAAUGUUUGUGUUGAACAGUUGUAAUGCCUGUUUCAUCUACAUUAAAUAAUCUGGCUGGAUUCAAUUUGACUUCUGCUAAGGCUGGCUCUAACAGAUCAAAAAAAGCCGCGCAAUUUUCUCGAGUAAACCCUUUUAUGCGAGCUGCAGAUACACCCUGUGGUUUUCUAAAACUCAGUUCAGGAUGUCUCUUUAAAAACCCUUUUUGCCACUUUUUUCCUGCACUUGAUUUCGUCAUAGAAAAAGGGUGUUGUAGCCCGUUCUGGAUAGCUAGCUGAAACGCUAGCCUUCUAAUAUCGGCAGCUCUUAGUCCAUAAAACCGUUUCUCUAUAUCUAAACAAUAUGUAACUAAUAGAUUUUCAAUUUCGUUACUUAGCGCAGGUCUUCUUCCUAAUUUCGUAGCUGUUAAUACUUCUAUUGGCUUGUCUGAUUUUACGUAAUCAACAAGGGUACUUCUUGGAACUUUAUAUAUUUUUGACGCUUUUAAAUACCCCAUUUCUUUGCUUCUAACAGCAUUUACCGCAAGCUCCGUGGCUCUUGCAUCCCAUGUUUUACGACCUUUCUCUUGUUUUCCGUUCAUCUAGAAAAAAAAAGCAAAAAACCUUCUUAAUCAAGGUUAAAAGCAUUCUCUUUUAUUCUCACUUAUUAUUAAAAAAAAGAGAGUAAAACGCAAGUAUCUAUGACAGAAAAUCAGUUGAUUCAUUUAAAAGCAGCUCCAGAAAACUGGUUCCAAAUAUCGGAUACUAUACGAUAUUAGGAAACCAAAAGUAUCCGAUAUUACGGUACAUAACCUCACUAAAUUUACCGUUUUUUUUUACAUUUAAAAAAUAGUUCACAGAAGCAAUUUAUACAUUAAAAGGUAUCAUCUGCAAUCUACUUAAUGAUAUGGUAUGUAACAAACAAAUAAUUUAACCUACCUUUUCCAGAAAUAACGCCAAAAAUUAUACACUGUUAAAAUCUAUGCACAUCGAAAACCGCUACAGUAGCAAAAUGACGUUUUAUAAACAAUGAUAGGAUUCUGUAAUUCUUGUAGGAAAUGUUCUGCGUAAUAGUUCUCUUGAUUACUAUGGAAGUUACGAGAUGGCGCUGUGUUAUUACAGAUUUAGAGUAAUGUCCGAUAUUAGGAACCUAUGCAGUAUUAGGCUACUUUCCUCUAUGUUAAUAGUUGGGCGGGUUAUAUCGAAAAGCGGACAAGAGCUGAUAUUUUUGCCAUUGUUCCAGGUAGUUUUUAUAAAAUUAUUUUUUAAAGAAUAUUUUUAAAUAAGGGAUAUGUUCAAAUGACACGAGAGCAAAUGUACUUCUGUCGAUUAUUUAAUUAUUAAAAGUCUUUCAUGCAAAUUAAAAUUUGUUUAACUAUUAUGUCCAAUACUGUGUCAUUUUCACAAGAAAAAUUACGAAGCUAUUCAUUUUCUUCUGCUCUUCCAGGCAGUUUCAUAUUUUUUUACUUCUGAUCCCUUUUUCUUAUUUUUUCUAUUUCAGGCACCAUAGAUGACAUAUACGAGUACUAUUUAUCUUUCAACUGAAAUUCUCUUUUAAAUAAAAGUCAUUCGGUAUUCUCAAUUUUCUGGAAGUCUGAUUACAUUUCUCAUAUUCGGACCUUUAUUUUUCUACCUUAGCUGUUUUUGCUAAUCAGGAAUAAUAGUGGAAUCUCUCUGAAAAGUCUUACUCAUUUUUUUUGGCAUUCAUCAGUCUCUUGAAAUAUUAUCUUUCAAGGGUUUUGCCGUCAAAUGGGUAUUAAAUUUUACAUUUUUACUAUUUUUUCUGAGCCCCAACACUUUUUUCCUUCGUAUUAAUAGAGACUGUAGCUUGAACCGAGUAGUACCUAUUAAAAUUUACUAUUUUUCUUUUUAUUAAUCUCUUUAAUAUAAAAUGAUUGAUAGUGAAGAAUUUGUUAUUUAAAUCCAGUAAGCAUAACUAAAUUAUGCUUUUAAAAGAAUUAAUAUACUGUAUGUCUUUGUAAAUGAAGGUAUAGUUUAUUCCUAGUUGUUUAAUAUUUUUCGAAAUUCUAAAUAAAAUCUGACAAAAUAAGAUAGUUUUGGGUUAUUGGAGCAAAAACACGAAAACCUUUAGAAACCCAUAAAUAAAAAAUUCUUCCCUAAACGAUAGAUUGAUUGACACUGUAGGUCUGGAAUUACAAAAUUGUAACUAUUAAUAUUUUGUUUUAAAUAUAAGAUAUGGCUGUACUAACGGUUGCACAUAGCUUUCAAUAAUGACUGAUCAAAAAACUUUUUACAACAAAAGCUUGUAGAUAAAUUAGUAUUUAAAUUUCCUUUUAAAAUUCUGUUCUUCCAAAGUCGUUGUAUAUCUUUUCAAUUCAGCCGUGAUGCUAGUCAAAUUUCAGAAAGCUAUAUCAACUUUUUUUUUGCUUUAUUUUGGAGAAACAACCAAAGUGUAUUUGUUCGGAUUGUAAAUAUUGUGAUCUAUUAUUAAUUUAGUUAAGUAAGAUUAUAAUAUAUAUAUAUAUAUAUAUAUAUAUAUUUAUCAUAUAUUUUAAGGAAUAAGAGUAUUUAGUUGUAAUUAAAAUUCAAUUAAUGCGACGAGCCCUUAUGAUUUACUCAUUUUUUGUACAGGGUGGCCCAAAACCUGUUCACUUUUUAAAUGAUUAAAGUUGUAAGUAGUAUCGGGGUAUUUUUUACAUUGAAACAAAAUAUUUAGAAUUUUAACAUUCAGAUCUUUUUUGGAAGAUUUUAUAGUAUUGACAAAAAAUUACGAAAUUCUGUACUAUGAACCACCCCGUAUGUUGACAAUAACCAUCUCAAAAUAUACACAAAAAGAAAAUUGAUCUUUUUAAGGGUUUCAAGCGUUUAUGUCCGUUUUUCAAUUAGAUUAUAACGUAUACUAGAAUAGAGCAAGUUUAUUUUUGAAAAUAAACCAUUAUUUUGAAACAAUGUUUCGUUAGCCACGUAGGUAUCUUUUGUAUGAUGUGAUUCUUAAUUUAGCUAGAAGAUAAUAUAUGCCAAGUGUUUUCUAAUUUUU